AUGGAUGCAGUUGGACAAGCGCUAGAAGUAGAAUACAAGUUUGAAGGCGUGAGAUACUGGACUGACAGUAAGACUGUAUUGUGUUGGAUAAGUAAUACAGGUAGCUGGAAGCAGUUCGUUCAACACAGAGUGGACGAGACUUUGAGAAUAAGUUCGAAGAGAGACUGGGGCCAUUGCUCAGGUAUAGAUAAUCUCGCAGAUUUAGGGUCGAGAGGGGUUUUAAUAACAGAACUUAAAAAUGAUCUUUGGUGGUCAGGGCCGUCAUGGCUGAAGGGUAAUCCUACAGACUGGCCGAGUUUGGUAACAGCAGUUCCAACUUUAGAAAGUAAAGUGGAACAGAAGAAAUCUUUUAGUGUCAAUUUGUUGAUCAAUACAGAUUCAUUGUUUGGCAUUUGCAAUUUGAUCAGUUUAGAAAGGUUCAGUUGUCUCAAAAGGCUGCUGAGAGUGACAGCAUGGGUGAAGCGAUUUAUAAGCAAUUUAAAGCGAAAAAAGUUAGGCAAAGAGGGAGUUAGUGGAGCGUUGGAAGCGAGUGAAUUGAAAAGUGCAGAGUUAGCAUGGGUUAAGGCAACGCAGCUAGUUUUAAAUGAUCAGCAAGGGUAUAAGCAGUUGGAGAGACAGUAUGGUUUGGUAGAAAAACACGAG